GAGUUGGUCACACUGGUGUUCAGUUUUCGUGAAAACCAACAAUUUUGAAUUCCCUUAGUUUUUAAGCAUUUGACAAGGAAUGAAUUUAAGCGAUUGCAUAAAUAACUAUAUAUAUUUAACGGGCACCGAGGACUACGCCCUUAAUUUGACAAAGCUAUGCGAACGCUUUGCCUCGAAAGAGAAGCGCGUUUUGCUGAUCACCAGUCGUCAGCAGGGAAUUGCGAAGCGAUAUCCAUGGGAUUCGUGGAAUUGCAGCAAGAAUCUGACCAUUUUGCAUCUGGUGGAUGUGGAGAGUAUGCCGCAUCGGAUGCUGGAGCUGCAGGAUAACACGGAGUCCCUCGGUCCCGAUUUGAUCGUCUUCGAUCUGCAGUCCCUGGUCCUGGACGCCCUACUGCGUCCGGUGAUGCAACAGUGCUCCACGGACAAAAUGGUGCGGCACAUUGCCAAAUGUUCGGCCUCCUUCGUCAAUUACCGCGAAAUCCUGACCAAUUUGGAUCUGCAGAGGGCCGGCAAACCCAUUGAUACCAUUGUGGUCAUGUCCCAGGAACCGUAUCCCAUGUCACCAGCCCAGUUUAAGCUGCUCAUCGGUCUCUAUUUCCACGGCAACGAGUGCCACACGAACUUUUCCAAACUUUCGGGCCGGAUUCUGGUCUCACAGGGAUUCGCCUGACCGCAGGACGGGAUUCUGAACCACCAUUGUGCCUUCGACAGCUCCAUUAUGGUGUCUCCAGCUCCGGCAACCCAUAGUUUGCCCCUUGAAAUGCUGCCAGUCUGAUGAUCUUUGUUUUUUUUACCGAAAAAUAAA